AUGAAUUCACCAAAGAGUGUAGUUUGGGGAUUUGUCGCAUUUACUAUUGCUGGUAUGUCAGCAUGGGCAAUCUCAAGAAAAGAAUAUAUGAAUGAAAAGAAUAAAAGAAUAAACGAUAUAAUACAACCAAAAAACAAAAAGAUUAAUAACAAUAAUAAUAAUAACAAUCAAAAUAAUAAUAAUAAUAAUACAGGAGGACCAUCAGAAUAUAGAGCAUAUCAAGAAACAAAAGGAGGAUCAGAUGCUUAG